GCAAGUCGCAUAGAUUUUUGGUUGAUUUCCUUUUCACUUUGCUUUCGUAUUCUCCAAGAUCUAAGAAACUUACGUUAAUUUGUGUUUCUGGUUAAAUUUUGAUUCAACUUAUUAUGUGCGGCGGCACCCAGAACAGGAAAGUACAAGAGUGAACAGCAUCUUAUUGAUUUUCUUACCUUGCAUAUGCUUUCAACCAACGCGAAGUGGUGUUAAUAAAGAUAUCGUAGAUUCUAUGGUCUAAUUCGGAUUUAUUGUGUUGGAUACGAUAUCUAACACAUUCAGUGACAUUUAACCUAAUUUGGUGUAAACGUUAAAUCAGCGAAAAUGAUGGCAAAUUCACUUGACACAGUAAACGCGAACCAACCCACGCAAAAUGGUAGCAAGGUUCAGCCAUGUAAUAACGAGUCCAAGACUAAUCUCAUAGUUAAUUAUUUGCCGCAAACGAUGACUCAGGAAGAGAUACGGUCACUGUUCUCGAGCGUCGGCGAAGUAGAAAGUUGCAAGCUAAUUAGAGACAAAGUGACAGUCUUUCCUGACCACAUCCUGAACGGUCAAAGUCUUGGUUACGCCUUCGUUAAUUACCACAAGGCGGAGGACGCGGAGAAGGCUGUGAACACUCUGAAUGGAUUGAGAUUGCAGAACAAAAUCAUCAAAGUCUCGUAUGCUCGACCUAGUUCCGACGCAAUCAAAGGCGCCAACCUCUACGUAUCAGGUCUACCGAAACAUAUGACUCAGCAAGAGUUGGAGAAGCUCUUUAGCCCCUACGGAACCAUCAUCAGCUCACGCAUUCUACAUGAGAACAUGAAUGUUGGGCACUUACUCCAGGUGGGAAAUGAAGACCAAGGAGGCAUUCAGGGCCCUUCAAGAGGCGUCGCGUUCAUCCGAUACGACCAGCGGUGUGAAGCAGAAGCAGCUAUACGUGAGUUGAAUGGAUCUAUACCGCCUGGUGGUACCGGCCCAAUUACAGUCAAGUGUGCAAACAAUCCAAGCAACCAGAACAAGGCAUUAGCUCCAUUGGCCGCAUACCUGGCUCCAGCUUCGGCACGUCGCUUCGUCGGACCCGCAGGGAAGGCACUGCUUGCUAUCAACAAAGGGCUCCAAAGAUUUUCUCCCCUGGCUGACCCACUGAUCCAAGGUAACGCUCUAGGUGGUUCGGGUUGGUGCAUCUUUGUGUACAAUAUUGGAGCUGACACUGAGGAAAGUAUCCUGUGGCAGCUUUUUGGCCCAUUCGGUGCCGUCCAGAGUGUUAAAAUAAUAAGAGAUCCUACCACCAACAAAUGUAAAGGAUAUGGGUUCGUCACUAUGACUAAUUAUGAUGAAGCGGUAGUCGCGAUCCAGUCCUUGAACGGUUACUCACUGAACGGUCAAGUACUGCAGGUCAGCUUCAAAACGAACAAGAGUAAAUCUUAAAUUAAUUCAAAAUCUAGUCAAUAAAUUGUAGCUAAUGCAAAAAUGUUGAUCAUUAAGCUGUCAUGGUUUGGCAUCAUUAUCAAUUAAUUAGAACUGAGUAGUGAAAUAUGACUGAUGCAAAUCAUGACAACAGUUGAACAGUGUUCAAUUUAAGCAAGUACAAAUAAUUUAACGGACAUCACAGUAAUAAUAAUGCAGUCACAAACUGUUUAGUACUUUGACCUUAAAUCGCUGUUCCCAUGACCAUGAAUUUAUAGUUUCAGUAUCCCUAAACCCAAUGAUGUUAUGAGUAAACUGACUCUUUUUCAGUAACAACCUAUGUAUGUUAUAUUUACUCUUUUAUAGAGGCUAGCUAACGUUAAUUUAAGAACUACUAUGACAAUUCACAAUGCUUUCAAAUAAAGAUACUGACAAUUUUAUACCUAUUUAAUUUGACUGUUAAGAUGAUAACAUCAGUAUUUUUAUUUAAUGUGUGUAAUUUACUGCCUUAAAUGCAUUGUAUUUUUUCUGUAAUAGAUAGAAAACUAUUUUUAUUUAUAACAUCUUAAUAUCUGAUGUUAUAAUGUAUUUUCAGAUAUCAAGAAAUAGUGAAUCUAAUGUAAUACCAUUUUUAUGUUCACUUCUGAUAAAGACUACUUUUCUUUCCUAUUUUUCUUACAUGCUUCUUCAUA